AUGGUGUACUCCAUCUCUCUUCUCGGCUCCGCCUUGCUCACGGCCAGCCUGGCGCGAGCAAGCCCGUCCGGCGGCGUUACCAAAUCCGAGCUGCCUUUCAGUAUCUUUGAUGGCAUCACAACCCCAGAGGAAGUAUCCGUCAAGGGCGGGCUGGAUCUACCGAAGCUGUCCCCCGGCGUGAACGGAACCUCCUAUGACUGGUGGUACUUCGAUGCUGUCUCGGCUACAGAUCAGAAAGCAGUCACGCUUGUUUUUUAUAAUUUUGCAAAUGGCUCCCUGGCGAUCCCAUACUUUGGAGGACCGCUCACUACCGACAUCUCGAUCACAUUCGCAAACGGUACAACUUCCAGGAAAUAUGCUGCAGCAAACCUCGGUGCACCCCUGGAGGUCAGCAACAAAGGGAUCGCGGCCGAAUUCAAGGGUGAAAACAGCUCGUAUAGUUUCACUGGUACCAGUCUGGAACCGGGUGCCCCCAACCCAGUCUACAACAUUGAGAUCGACGACCCAGCCAACGGCGUCAGCGGCUCAAUCAAGUUCGAAUCGGUCUCGCCACCUCAUUACCCGUGCGACUUGAACAAGCCCGGCGUGUCAGAGUUCCUCCUGCCUAACAUCUGGUGGGCCAACGCCAUUCCAGAUUCCAACGUAGUUGCGGACCUGGUCAUCGAUGGCGAGACCUUCAACCUCCAGGGCUUUGGCUACCACGACAAGAACUGGGGCGUCGGCUCUCUAGAGGCAGCUACUAAGACCUGGUACUGGGGCCACGGCAGGGUUGGGCCAUACUCGCUCGUAUGGUUCGAUGCUACAGACAAGACUGGCCAAGAACACUUCUCGUCGUGGGUCACGAAGGACGGCGAGGUUCUGUCCAUGAGCUGCGCAGACCAGGCAACACUCGUCAGGCCCUGGGGAGACAACAGCGACUUCCCGCCAGCAAUCGGGCAGGCUGCACCAUCUGGUUUCAACAUCAGCUUUGACAUGGACGACGGCACCAAGUUCCUCGCCAACUUCACAACCGAGACCGUCCAGUGGGAUCUUGGUGGAUUCUACAAGAGGCUCCUCGGGCCCAUCUCUGGUGGUAUCGAGGGUGGAGAGCAGUAUGAGGGCAGGUCUCUGUGUGAACAGUUCCAGUUUUAG